AUGCCGAUGCUGUGCCGUGCCUUCUUGGGUGCGCGUGAUGAGCAUGCCUCAAAGACUGUGCCCGCAGUUCUCGUGCGCCUCGGGCCGGUGGUGGGAGAAGGCCUGGACAGCAGAGUCCGCCGCCUCGAGGGCUAUUUCUACGGCCGCCGUGGUGUCGUGAAAGUACAGAGGAAGCAUGGGUCAGGAAAGGCGGAGGAGAAAGCCAUGCGCCGAAUGGUAGAUGAUGUGACCCUGCUUUGCAGCCUCCAGCAUCCAAACAUCAUGAGCGUUGUGCCUCUGACCUUGGCGACUGGAUCAGGAGACCCGCGCCCUGGGUAUUUCAUGGAGGAAGGCGUGUCUGCAUCUGCCUUUGCGGACCGUCUGGCAGAGACGCUUGGUACAGCCGAAGCUUCCACAUCAGCAAAACUGGGCCUGCGGAUCCUUGAGCUGCUCGUGCCCGCCCUGGCCUACUUGAAGCAAAGAAAAGUUGUCCAUGCUGACGUCAAGCCUGGUAACAUGAUCGUGUUCCCGGACCGCACUUCCCAACAGUGGUGGUUGCCAGCAAGGCGCUGGUCGCCAGAAGCGUGCAGCGUGCAGCUCACCGACUUCGGCAUGGCAGGCAAGUUUGGAGCUUGGUCUGACAAAGGAGGUACGCCAGAGUAUCAAUAUCCGAUGUUCCAGCAUUCGUUCCACAGGCCAGUCUUGCUUGACUUCGAGUUUGACACGUGGGCGCUUGGUAUUAGCGCAAUCGAGCUUUGUGGCGAAGAGCUCGAGAAGGAGCGUGCCGAGGUAUUGCGAUGGCUCCUGGUUAAACUCUGCAGUGCCCCGUUGAUCGAGCAGGUGAUUUGGAGGGAGGUCUUUCUUCCCGGCUUUGACAAGCUGCCCGAGUCUUCCUGCAUGCGGCUCGUGGCGUCGAUGAUGGCGACGGACCGGACGGAUCUCCAGAAGUAUGGCUCCUUGCUCAGGGCUCUUCGUGGCCUGGAUCGGCCCAUUCUAGGUUGGCUUUUGGCUGAGGUCGAGACUGUUGAGUUCUUGGUCUUGGUUGAGGAGCACAGGCUUGAGAUACCGCUGAGCUGCAGGAUGCUGCUCACGCCUAUCGAGGAACGACUGACGUUCCUACUAGACACCUGGUGUUCAGGCACUGGAGUCUUCAUACACGAAGGCAGAACGUAUUCGCACCACAACCUGCAUGAGCUGCUGCAGGUCGCAGAGGGAAAGGUGUCCGUUGCGUUGACGUUGUGGCAUGGGGGCACAGAUGCCAAGCUUAUCUCCGCACGGGGGCAGGGGCGCCAGAGAUUUCGGACCGUGGCGCGCAGGCGGAGUGGACGUCAAGAAGUCAAGGACAAAGCGUGCAACCUUUCAGACUCAGACAUCAUGCCGCUGCCGCUGCAUGAGAGAUUCAGCUCGCGGCGGCGCCGUGCGCUUGGGUUGGAACAAUCCUUUGACGUGCGUAUGCCUGUGUGGGUUUUCCCAGAUGCACGGGGCCCCCAGGGACUUCAGCCUAUCGCGUCGAUGCGAGAUGUCACGCAGGAGUUGUGCCAUGCAGCGAGUCCAAGGUUUCAGGGAACCACCUUGCAGGGCUUCCCAUCCAGCCCAACGUUGCCCUUUCCUGUGCGACCUGACUCGCACGAGGAGGUUACAAACAGCCAUGUGCCUUGCCUCCUCCCUUCAAGCCUGCCGCCCCCGAUGGAGCCGCACAUCAGCAGCGCAGCAAGUGAGCCUGCAGGAAGCGAAUCGCUUGGAGCACUCACGGUGCAUCUCCACUUCCGGGAAAUUGGAACCUUCCGAAGCUCCUUCAGCGUGCGAUCUUUGAGCUGGGAGAGCCUGGACUGUUGGAUCCAGGCCAUGGCCAGCGAAUGCAACUGGAGCAACUUCUCCUUGACGUUCGUGAAAUCCGAGCCGGAAGGGCACGUGCCGAUUCCGGCAGGCGUCACUUUUGACGAAGGCUGCAUGCGGACAUUGCUCUUUGCAGGAUCGCAGCCGCAGCUGUGGCGUAUCCAAGCCGAGCCAGCGAAGCUGGGAUGUUUCGGUUGUCGAGAUUGA